UUUCGGAAAUUAAAAUUAAUGUUUAUCUAGUUCUUGAUUCAGUUUUUUUUUUGAGUUGUCAAGUAAUUUUGGAAGAUGUUAUACAUAUUUAGGAUUGCCUUCCUAAUUUUUGUUGUACUUGCACAGACUGACACAACUCCAUUUCAUGAGACGGCUUCCAGACAAGGUGAAGCCAAUGCAGAUCAAGCAGAUGAACAACUUAACAAUGAGGCAAGUAUAAUUUUGAAAACUGUUGGUAUUUAUAAAAUUAUGAAUUUGGUUGUACUUAAAUUAAUUUUUGGAAGUUCUUGUACGAGUUCAUAAUCCCAUUCCUGACUUCAGGAUACACGAGAGCCUAUGAAUGAGAUCACGAAAGAGACACCUGGUUCUCCAAUAGCUCAACAGAAUAUUGAGACUCCAGUCCUUACUCCAAUUCAGACGCAGCAGGAGACUCACGAGCUUAUGAAUGAGAUCAUUUCACCAAACAUUUCCGACACACAGCCAAAUACCCGAGCUCGCAGAAAUCUUUUAACAGAGCAAAAUAAGGAUGUAGAAAGCAGAGUUCAAAAUCCCUUUGAGAUCGGAGCAAAUGUGGAGAUUUCAUCACAAGAUGACAAUACUUGUCAUAAAUGGUAUCCAGGAAAUGUGUUGGCAACAUAUUUGGUUGAUGGGGUUGAGAUGGUGAAAGUUGAGUACUUCGUCCCGUCUCUGGACGAAAAGAAGAGGAAAAGGAGUGUUGAGACACGUGUAUCAAUUGACAGAAUACGUCCUCAACCACCACCUGAGAGAUCUGGAGCGAAGAAAAGUUAUGAGCUAAUGCAGGACGUGGAGGCGUUCGACAAUGGUGCCUGGUGCGCUGGAAAAGUUAAAGUCAUUUUGUUUGAUGGCUCGUGUUUUGUCUCUUUGAACAAUUCUAAAGAACAAAUUUACUUCCACCAUUCUGAGAUGCGAAAACCAAGAAAAUGGGUAGAUGGUGUUUGGGAGAUGACAAAAAAGAUGGAAGAAGAGCAGACGCAGAGUGUGAAUCCAAGUGAAGGAGAUGGUGAUAAAAAGGGGAAGGCGAAGGCUGUCGCUUGUAAGAAAAAUGAAGCAGCUGGUCCAUCAGAAGAUGGUGUUGGGAAAAUGGCAAAAGAGAUAGAAGUAAAGCAGGGUAAGAGUGUGAAACCAAGUCAAGACGAUCAUGCAAAAAAGGGGAAGCCUGAUGUUGGUAAGAAGAAGAAAGCAAAUGCUCAGCCAGUAGAUAUGCUUCCUUUUCUACAGCGAGAAGAGAAGAGGCCAAUACGACCUAGAAACCCUCCUAUACCUGUAACACCUGAGGUAAUCCUUCCAAUUGAUCCAUUUGUGACACCUGAAUUUCCUCGGUUUUCAAGGCUUGCACACUGGAUGGAUCUACGGGGCAUAUAUCGUGUACCGUUUUAUAUCAAUGGAAAAGAAAUUGAAAAAGAGUUCUUUCAAAAAAUGGACGAUGCAGAAAACAAUCUCAACAAAGAGCACAUAAAUGUUGCAUUUGAAAUGCUAAAUUGUAAGAGGGUUGAGCAAGGUGCUUGGUUCCGCAACAACAAUCUUCCAGCAGCAUGCUUUGUACCAGUCAAAUUCUUAGAAGUGGUUGGGUACGCUUAUGAAUCUGUCAGGAAGCCACAUAAGAAAAAACAAACGUUAUUGGAGGGCUGUGUAGGCGAACUUGUGAAAGGUUUAAUACAUCCAAAGAAGGUAUGGCUGGAAGAUGUUGAUGUUAUAUAUGGUGUCAUUGAAGAUAAGUUGAGCUAUCACUAUAUUGGGGUGGAGAUACAAUUGAUGGACAACACAAUCACACUCUUCCAUUGUGGUCUUCCAAAAGCAAAUAUCAAACGUGCUCUUAAUCAAAUCCAAGAACUGGCAGUGUUGAUUAGUGCCAUAAAGAUGGAACUUCUUGGUGAAGAGGUUAAUUUCGAAGAUAUCAGUCCAUUUGAAGUUAAGUUUGCAGAAGGGCUUCCAAAGACAAAAUUUCCAUACAACUGUGGUAUUUUUGUUGUGAAGAUGCUGGAAUGCAGGUCACUGGGAUUGAAGAGCAUGGCUAAUAUAAAUGAUGAAACUGCGAUGGACUUACGAAGCAAGCUAUGUUGUGAGAUCUUCGACCAGUUUAUGGAUAAAGAUUUCCAGGAAGGUCAAAGGAAGUGAAAAUGUCAUAUUUGUUCUACUCUGUUUUCUACUCUGUUUUCUACUCUGUUUUCUACUUUGAUAUUAAUUAUCCCUAACGUUUAAGUUUAAGUUUGUAAUGAAUCCCUAACGUUUUUUUCAUUUAGAUUGUUAUUGAAAAAUUUUUAGGAUGUAUUGAUGAAUUGUCAAAUGCUUAUGGUACUUUUAGGAUGGGUUUCCAGAAAAAGAGUGAGAAAGCAAAAUGCACCAAAGCCUAGCAAAUUCCUUUAAAGUUUACAAAAAAAAAUGAAAAAGAAUGUGAUCCGAUGUUGAUUGAACUCGUGAACUCUCGAAAGAUGAAUCAAAGUGUGCAGCCGCUGUGCCAAGGGUGUUAUACUUGCCAAAAGCUAUAAUAAAACGAAAAUAACUUUUGAAUAUUUAAUUAAAAACAGAAAAAAGUGUAAGUAUACACAAACGGGGAUCGAACACGGCUUAUUGUGUGAUAAGGGUACACUAAGAGUAGAACGGAUUGCCACUAGGCUACGGUGGAUAUUCGAUAACAGAGUAAAUGUGAACUUAUUUAUUCACAGACGAUAGAUUUAUAUAAUCUGGAUAUCAUUUUAGGUAUUCAGGAUAGCUUUCCAAAAACAAAUUCCUUUAAAGUUUACAAAAAAAAAAUGAAAAAGAAUGUGAUCUGAUGUUGAUUGAACUCGUGAACUCUCGAAAGAAGAAUCAAAGUGUGCAGCCGUUGUACCAAGGGUGUUAUACUUGCCAAAAGCUAUAAUAAAACGAAAAUAACUUUUGAAUAUUUAAUUAAAAACAGAAAAAAAUGUGAGUAUACACAACGGGGAUCGAACACGGCUUAUUGUGUGAUAAGGGUACACUAAGAGUAGAAGGGCUUGCCACUAGGCUACGGUGGAUAUUCGAUAACAGAGUAAAUGUGAACUUAUUUAUUCACAGACGAUAGAUUUAUAUAAUCUGGAUAUCAUUUUAUGUAUUCAGGAUGGCUUUCCAAAAACAAAUAAGCAAAUCAGAUAACCAAGUUACAAGAACACUAGGCCAAACCAUUACAAAAUAGUGAAAAACAUUGAACAAUUUUUUUAUUUAGGUUGUUAAUUGAAGAAACAACACAAGAGAAACAAAAGUACUUAUUCAUUUAAAAUAAAAACUGAAAAUCAAACAUAAUGUGGUCCUUAAAAACAUAAAAAGAGAAGAUGAUAACAUGAAAUUACUCAUGACACAGCCAACUUUCGCCAAGUUUAUCCCAAUCAGGGACUUUGACCUUCACAUCAGCAAGCAUUCCUUCCGCUUCCGAGUGCUCUUCUUUGAGUUUCUCCAACUCAGCAGUUAAAUCAAAUUUUCCAUCAGCUUUGAUAAUAUCUUCAAGCAACUCGAUUUGGACAGCAAUUGAAUUUGCUUUGCUGGAUGCCAGAUUCCAAUCAUUCUCAGAUAGCUUGUAUUCGUUGGACAAACGAAGAAGAGCCCUGUAAUGUACCACAGUUUCCUUCUUCCCCUUAUUGAAACCUUCGGCGGCAUCACAUCCGUAAACCUCCUCUAUGGGACGCUUCAUCAUCUUCUUUGAACUUCCUUCCAUUGAAACUUUGUCCUGCAACAAAAUCGAAACUAAGAUGUUACGAUAAAAUAGAAAUAGAAAAAAGUUCAUGAAUUGAAUGGAAAAUGAGAAAAUGAGAAAACUAACUUGUAUUGCAAAAGGAUAAAUCAGACGAAAUGAAGUGAGUGAAUAAAAGGUCUGAUAUCGUCCCUUAUAUUUAUAGAACUAAAAGGAACUCUUCGAUUAUUGAAGUCAGUUAAAAUAAACUCUUGAUUAUUGUGGAACUCUUCGAUUUUUGAAGUCAGUUACUGAAAUAACCAAUCAUAUAACAGCCAAUCUUGACGAAAAGAAACUCUUCGGUUACUGAGUUACAUGAUGUCGUUUGGAAGAGACUCUUCGAUUCCUGAGAUAUAUGUUUGAACAAAAAAAAAAAUCAACCAUUAAUCGUAGGAGAGUCGAACCCGGGUCGAACAAAUGUUUCGGUAUCAUAGGUUUUGUGGUUUAGCCGCUAGGCUGAGGAGAAUCAUCUGUUAGUUGCUUCCACAUAAUUGAAUUUAGCCAUACAAUUUAUAGUAAAAUACAUUGGAAAGAUCUUAGAUAGUUCAGGAUGGGCUUCCAGAGUAUGCAUGAAUAAUAUACAUGAAUGUUAGUGUGCUUCUUUCUUAAACUAGAAAAAAAUGAAAUGAGAUCAAAACUAAGGAUUAAUAUCUACACAUUUGGAAAAUUUGAUAAUGUGAUUUGCAAAUUUUGGAGGAAAAAAAAUAUAUAUACACAUCUCAUAGGAUUCGAACCUGAAGAUGACUAGGAGGAAAGAGGGAACUAAGGUGUAGUAGCCACUAGGCCAAGUUAAUUUCAGUCAUUACAUGUUGUAAGUAAAGUAAUAUAUUCUCUUUUAUUUUUAUUCAACUUAAAUUUUUUUAAAAAACUCUGAUUAGUAGGGGAAUCGAACCCAGGUCGAGUCAAGCGUUACAAUUUCGACAGAUAGGUGUUUUAGCCGCUAGACCGAGGAGAAUCAUCUGUUACACUUUCCCACAUAAUUAUUCUUAACAGAAAAUGUUGUAUUAUAAACCUUGGAAAUGAACUCGGUAUUUCUGGAUGGGAUUCCAGAAUAGUUGAAUAUUACUGUGUUUUUUUUCUAGCAAAGAAGUUUAAACUAAAAAUUGAAAUGAGUUCAAAAGAUAAUGUUGUAUAUUACAAAAGUUGGAAGAAAUCAUACUUAUUCAGGAUAGGGUUCCAAAAGAAAAAAUGUAUAUGGUCUUGUGCAUAUCAUGUAACCAUCAAAUAGCCAACAUCCAAAUAAUAAUCGAUAAAAAUGUAAAAAUGUAAAAAUGUAGAACUUCAUCCUAUAGGCCUCUGGCAUGUGAUCUUGUUGUGCCCUCCUGUGCCACAUCUGCUGCACUUGUGGGACUGAGAUUUAGAUCCAGGAACCCCAAACUCGCCAACGGAUCUCUUUCUCUUUGUAGGAGGGCGUCCACUUUUCUUUUUGGUAGCUGGAAGUGGGCAAGACAGUUCAUCAAUAUUCUCUGGAUAGGUGGACGUUGACAACUCUCCACCAGGAUGUAUGCUUUCAGCAUAAGCUUUAGCCCACGUUUCUGUCAAGUGAGAAGCAUCAACAAAACGGUUUUCAUCUCUCUUGAUAUGCUUAGCAGCAGCGAUGGCAUGGAUGCAGGGGAUCUUGUCAAUGUCGAAAACAUUACAUGUGCAAUGCCGCUUCUCCAAGUCAACAACAAACUUC